AUGACAGGUGAUACCUAUGGCACUACCAUCGCCCAUGCCUUUAGUAGCGCCAAGGACACAGCAGCCAAGAUGCUCUCCGGUGGAGAGUGCGGCAAGCGUCUCAUACCCCAUGUAAUUGACGAGACGGCUCGUAAAACUCCCGAUGUUGAGUGCAUGUCGACUCCACGGAGCAACAAUCGCCACGACGGAUGGAAGCCUGUGAGCUGGGCUCAGGUCGCCAAUGCCGUCAAUUAUGCGGCACAGAUGCUUAUCAUGCAGGCUGAGCACCCGGCACCUGGCACGUUCCCCACAGUGGCCUACAUCGGCUUGGAGGACCCGCGUUACCCCAUCUUCGUGGUCGGCGCUAUAAAGGCCGGCUAUAAGGCCCUACUCAUUUCGCCUCGCAACUCGAUCGAGGCGCAAAUGAACCUGUUCGCGAGGACAGAUUGCAACAUACUAUAUCAUGAAUUGCAGUACGCCUCAAUGGUACAGCCGUGGGCGGACGCCAGGUCGGGCAUGGAGGGUGUGGCUGUAGCUCCAUUUGAUGAGUGGGUUGCUGAAGGAGUGACGCCAGCUCUGUACACCAAGACAUUUGCUGAGGCAGAAUGGGACCCGUAUGUAGUGCUACACACAAGUGGCAGUACCGGCCUUCCGAAACCUGUGGUGGUGCGGCAUGGUAUGGUCGCUAUGAAUGAUCUUCAUCGUUAUAUACCGGCGCGCAAUGGCAACUUGGCUUGGCUUUCGACAUGGACCAGCUUUCCCAAUCCGCGCCACCUGCUCAUCAUGCCCUUGUUCCAUACUGGAGGUCUCAUGAUCAUGACUGUGUGCGCCUUCUACUAUAAUGCGCCGAUCGCGUUCCGGGAGCCCUCUCGGCCUAUCACAGGUGAUAAUGUGGUCGAGUGGUUGCAAAACAGUAACUCUGGGUGGACGUUCAUUCCGCCGGCCAUCCUAGACCAUAUGUCCCGCUCACAGCAGGCAAUAAUCGAGCUUAAAGAAUUGCAUGCCGUGGGUUGUGGAGGAGGCGCUAUCGCCCACGACUCGAUUGACAUUUUGCUAAGCCACGGCAUUAAGACGAUAAAUGCCAUUGCAUGUACUGAGUAUUUUUACUUUCCUUAUUACUCUCAACCGGAUCCCGCCAUGUGGCCAUGGUUCAUCAUCCACAAGGAGUUGAUGGGCAUUGAAUGGCGGUUGAUUGAUGACGAUACGUACGAGCAGGUCAUAGUGCGCAAGGAUAAGCACCCGGGGCUACAGGGUUGCUUCUAUACCUUUCCCGAGCUAGACGAGUUCAGCACCAAAGAUCUGUACCGGCCUCACCCAACAUUGGCAGACCACUGGACAUACGUGGGACGGGCUGAUGACAUAAUUGUCUUCUCGACAGGAGAGAAGCUCAACCCUGUAACCAUUGAGGGGGCCGUCAUGGGUCACCCAGCAGUGUUCAGCGCGCAGGUCGUUGGCAGUAAGCAAUUCCAUGCCGCACUCAUGAUCGAGCCGAUCCAGUAUCCCAAGAGUGAGGAAGAAAAACAGCAUUUCCUUGAUGAUCCAACUAUUGAGAAGGUCAAUGCCGAAACGGUUGCACAUGGGCGUAUCUCACGCGAUUAUGUCUUUUUGGCCGAUCCACAAAAGCCAUUUCCUCGUGCAGGUAAAGGCACUAUCCAGCGCUCUAUGGUGGAAAAGUUAUACGCGGCAGACAUUGAAGGGUUCUUUGACAACAGCAGAGAUAAGUUGGUCAUAGCUGUGGAUCUUGACGUUACCUCUGAGACGGGAUUUAUGCAUUUGGUUCGCGACUUGGUCCAGAGCGUGUUCAAAAUCCGUCAAUUGGACACCGAGGAGGAUUUCUUUGCAGCUGGCUUGGACUCACUGCAAGCAAUCCAACUCUCCCGUGCGUUGCUUGUCAGUCUAGAGAAAGCGGGCAUUAAGGUCAGCAAGGAGGCGGCGGAAUCAAGGGUUAUUUAUGCCCAUCCGACGGUCACGCAGCUAGCGGCAUACGCCUUCUCCCUGGUCAGUGCAAAUCAUAGACAGGGCAGUCCCACCAAUGGCUCAGGGUACAUUCACGACCUUCCUGCUGCAGUACCCAAUAAGCCAGCUCCGGCUGACAAAGGACAAGUCGUUGUUAUCACAGGCACAACGGGUGCACUAGGAUCGUACCUGCUGGACUUCACCUUAAAAUGCUCCAAUGUUAGCAAAGUGAUCUGUUUCAACCGUGCCGUCAACGGUCUAGAGCGACAGACUGUGGUAAGUACAUCCCAGGGCUUAUCGACUGAUUUCUCCCGAGCCGAGUUCCUGCAUGUCAACCUUGCAGAGCCAGGCUUAGGCCUUGUCCCCGAGGUAUAUAGUCGACUCGCCGAUGAGGUGGACCGCGUAAUCCACAACGCCUGGCCUGUCAACUUCAACAUGUCCGUGGCGUCUUUUGAGCCACACGUCCGCGGCGUGCGUCACCUAGUCGAUUUCAGCGCACAAGCGGCACGCAAAACUGUACCCAUAACGUUCAUUUCCACCAUUGGAACAAUUGAAAAGUGGACGACCCCAGAAGUGCUUGUACCCAAGAAGGCACUACCAGACUGGUCCCUCGCCGCAAUAGGGUACGGCCAGUCCAAGCUCGUAAGCAGCACGAUUCUCGACCACUCUACCAAGGUAUCAGGCGUGCCUAGCGUUAUAGUACGGAUUGGACAAGUUGUAGGCCCGCGCGGGAAGAAGGGCAAAUGGAAUUCGCAAGAGUGGCUUCCAAGCUUGGUUCGCAGUUCCGUCUACCUAGGCCUCCUGCCUGACUCCCUUAGCACAUUUAGUGAUAUGGGCUGGGCACCAGUUGAGGACAUUGCAAAUGUGGUACUGGAGGUUUCGGGUGUGACUUCUCUCUGGACCGUUGAAGAGAUUACAGGGUAUAUCCAUGCGUUCAAUCCCAAGGUUACCGAGUGGUCUAGCCUUAUACCCAUCUUGCGUGAGUUCUAUGGCGAAAGGAUCCGAGAAGUGGUCUCAUUGGAGGAGUGGAUUGAUGCACUUGACAAAAGCCAGGUUCAUCCUGUGGGUAUGGACAAUAACCCGGCUGUGAAGCUGCUUGACACCUAUAGAUCGGCAGCAGAGGGCGCGAAGAUGGGAUUCAAGGCAGUACCAUUGGCUAUCACACGGACUGAGUCGAAUAGCUUCACGAUGCGGCAGAUGGAGGAAGUCUCGCCCCAGUUGAUGAGAAACUGGUGUGAGCAGUGGCAAUUUUGA